ACAGAUACGCAUCAAAAUCCACUAUUGAUUACAUCUUGCCAUUGCGCACACUGAUGCAUAUUAUCGACUUGGUGCUCCAGUAUGCAGUUACUGGGUCAGGAUGUUCUUCAUCUGGCUUUAAAGCUGAAAUCUCUGAAGACCUGCAGAUUGAUGCCUGUGUGAGGGUUCUUAGUCUCCCACAUUCAUAUGAAGCAG